AUGUCGCGGGAAGAAACGGUCACCAUUGAUUAUUGGAAGGAGCCUGAAUUCAAUGAGGAUGACGUGAAAGGUCCGUUUUUCGAAGAGUCUUCGUUUCAAGUUGUUUUCCCUGAGACCCGAGCUAAAUAUAUCCAGCAG